CUGGUUACCAGCCAAUAGCAGGGCACGUAGAAACAACCAGUCGCGCUCACAAUCACACCAAAGGGCGACUCCAUACGGGUGGGGUUCAGAUUGGAACCCCGGUCCUCAGAAUUGUGAGGCGGAUGCUGUAACCAGUCGCUCCACUGUUUCACCCAACUUUCUUCCACAUACUAAAACCAAGAUGAAGACAAAGGAAGCGGGCUGGAGUGACUUUGAUGUAACAGAGAGAUCACUGCUAUUGGCUGCUGCUGCAUCAGCAUCCACCUGAGAGGUCAAAGUGCACGUAACAUGGAAGAUAACCAACAACCUCAUCCUAAUGGUUACUUUUCAUUGGCCGCUUUGGCGUUUACAACCCAGCCUACCGUCUAUUUAUGCUUCGUGACUUACAUUUGGAGCUGCUCACUGUUCAUCAGCGCCACCUCAGGACAGGAUGUUUAAGCCAGUGCUACUAUUGCUGCUCCUGACAUGGUCAGGACUGCAAGCUUCCCCCGUCUCACCUCUGAGAGGAUUGCCCAAGACACCGUCAACCUUCGGGCUCUCUGAUGGCUCUCAGCAGAAUGAUAUCCUUAGAAAUCUUCCUGAUGGCUUUCAGCAAGAUACUGAGACCUCCAAAAGAUUCUUUGACAAUGGCCUGGUGCAGGACCACAUCAGCGAGAUGAGCAGGAAGACAGCUUCCAUUCAAAACCUUCUUGAAGAAGAUAUGGGAGAGAUGGAGACAAAACAUUGGCGAGCAGAUGAAGUCCCCAUUGACGUGCCAGCACAGAGGAACGGGGCUGGUUGGGUUCGAGUUGAGGAAUCCCCUUCUUCUCUUCACCUUCCAGAUGGUUUCAGACAAGGAACUAAGCCGUUCAUGUCGAUUCCAGAUGGUUUCAGACAGGGAACCGAACCCUUCAUGUCGAUCCCAGAUGGUUUCAGACAGGGAACCGAACCCUUCAUGUCGAUCCGAGAGGGUUUCAGACAGGGAACCGAACCCUUCAUGUCGAUCCCAGAUGGUUUCAGACAGGGAACCGAACCCUUCAUGUCGAUCCCAGAUGGUUUCAGGCAGGGAACCGAACCCUUCAUGUCGAUCCCAGAGGGUUUCAGACAGGGAACCGAACCCUUCAUGUCGAUCCCAGAUGGUUUCAGACAGGGAACCGAACCCUUCAUGUCGAUCCCAGAUGGUUUCAGGCAGGGAACCGAACCCUUCAUGUCGAUCCCAGAGGGUUUCAGACAGGGAACCGAACCCUUCAUGUCGAUCCCAGAUGGUUUCAGACAGGGAACCGAACCCUUCAUGUCGAUCCCAGAUGGAUUCAGACAGGGAACCGAACCAGUAAUUUCACUCCCAAAUGGUUUCAGACAGGGAACAGAACCUUCUGGCUCAAUCACUCGUGGCUUGAAACCAGAGCCCUUAGCUUCCAUUCCAGAUGGUUUCAGACAGGGAACCGAACCCUUCAUGUUGAUCCGAGAGGGUUUCAGACAGGGAACCGAACCUUCCUUGUCGAUUCCAGAUGGUUUUAGGCAGGGAACAGAACCCUUCAUGCCGAUACCAGAAGGCUUCAGACAGGGAACAGAACCCUUCAUGUCGAUACCAGACGGUUUCAGACAGGGAACUGAACCUUUUAUGCCGAUCCCAGAUGGUUUCAGACAAGGUACUGAACCUAGUGUCUCUAUUAAAAGUGGCUUGGAAUGGGAAGGUGAGCCCUUAGCUUCUAUCCCUGGUAGCUUCAGACAGGAAACAGAACCAUCUCUUCACAUUCUUGAGAGCUUUAGGCAGCGGUCAGAACAAACAAAAAACAAAAAGGGACAGGACCAUUCCAACACCUGGCUCCAAACACAGACAUGUAGAGGAGAGGUCAUUAAUGGAAAGUGCUAUGAGUUCAACCCAACACCACUGGCAUUUAAAGAAGCACAGAAAUUAUGUAAAGCUCAGAACCCACACGCUGAGCUGGCAUCUGUAACAAAUGGCAACCUUCAUUCCCGCCUGGCUUCCAUGGUUAUAAAUGGCGGUGAGCACAGGCCACAGAUGACGUGGCUGGGGGCCACAGUUAAGAACCAGCAGGCCUCCUGGCUCGACGGAUCUGAGAUGAAUUACAGUGACUGGAUGCCGGGUCAGCCCAAUAUUCAUACGGGUAAACCUGUCUGUGUAGAGAUGUUCAAGAUAGAUGAAAGCUGGUGGACAGCUGCCGACUGCGAUCUGAAGAGAGCAUCCAUCUGCUCGUACUCUAUCGUUGCAUAAAAAUCAACAUCUUGUUCUUGACAUUUUUUUAAAACACCAUCAUUUGCAAUGCUUAUUAAAACCAUGAAUGCAUCAUAUUCCUACGUUUGUCUUCACUAUUCUUCAUAAGGCUUCAGACAGAAAAACACCACAUGAUGUACCGGUACACUUAAUUUAAAUCCAGACGCUUUAAUGAUCAUGUUCCAUGUAUGUGUUUACAAAGCAAUUAUGUACAGUUUAGGGACCAAAUUUAAAACAAUUGUUUACAAUACGAGUACCUGGAAAGUGCAAAAAGUACAUUUGAUAAACAGAAAUAAUCGAAAUCAUGCUAUACAUUUGACAUUUAUAUUGUAUUCAUAAAUAAUCACAGAUAUACACAUAUCGAUUUGAUGACUGUCACAGAAAAUGAUGCUAAGAUACAACACUAUGUCUAGGUUAUUUGUCUUAAAGUCUCUUCCUCCUAGUAAUACCGAAACGAUGAGAACCAUCCUGAAAUAAAGGCACUCCGUUUGUUGAAAGUCUUAGAAUGUGAUAUUGGAUGUGGUUGUACGAAACAAAUCACAGAAUCAAAAGACUGUGUCAAUGUGUCGGAUAGACAUUUUGGCUUAGUAACACAAACAGCUGUCACCAAUAACAUGCCCUUACACUAACUGCUCACACACACGCGCACGGUAAA